GAACAUCGAGGUGAAAACAAAUUUGUUAAUUCUAUUUCUUGCGAUGUUAUUUUGAAAUAAAUAAAAUGGAUAACCGUAACACAAUUGAUCAGAGAUAUUCAAGUGAUGUGAGUAACCGUGAGCGCGAUAUACCAUCGUUUAUUGAGCCUCGGCCUCCUUUAAUUUUGAAUCCUUUUAUGCGUCCUCGUCCUCAGAAAGGUACGAAUUUGUUGGAGUUGUUUGAAGAGGAUGAUUCGAUAGAGGAGGAGGGUCCGGAAUUGGUGCAAGUGUACUUGAGGCUGAAGCCGUCCAAUGUGCCUAGCAGUUUGUACGAGGUCCGGUCGGACCAGUGCCUGAUCACGUCGGUGGACACGGCGACCGCUGGUCACGGGCGCCGCACACAGCACAAUGUGUGCAAAAUGUACAGUUUCUCACAUAUAUUUGGACCGGAUGCCAAUCAGAAAGAAAUAUUCGAGCAUGUAGUAAAGGACAAUCUCCGUAGACUCCCGGACGGUCACAGUUUCACUCUCCUCACAUAUGGAGCCUCAGGAUCAGGGAAGACGUACACACUCAUGGGCACUGUCAAGGCCCCAGGGCUGGUGCCCCGGUCACUGGAGUACGUAUUCAAGGUUGUGGAGGCUGCACAGAUGCCGUUGUAUCGGCCGGGAGAGAUCCGAGCUAAUAAGCUUACUGUAGCUGAGCAGGAGUAUGAGCUGCAGUGGGUUCGCAACCUGAAACACUUGUCAGCGCCGCUCCGCGAGAAAUACCGUCGCAUGAGCACAAGGCUUGUCAGUGAUAUGAGCAGGAGCACUGUUGAUCUCAGCAAGAGAACUAAACAUUAUGUUUGGGUGUCAUUCGUAGAGAUAUACAACGAAGCGAUAUACGACUUGCUGGUGACCACGGAUCGCACUGCAUCCUCCAAAUUACGUAUUCGCGAAGAUCCUUCUGGCAAUGUUUAUGUUAAGGGUGCAACGCAAGCCUUCGUCCGUACAGGCGAGGAAGCAUAUGACGUGAUGGCGGCCGGGAAACACAACCUGCAAGUACAUGCUACGGGCGUUCAUGCACAGAGCUCGCGGUCACAUUGCAUAUUUACUAUCACUAUGCUCACUGAGACUGAAACCGGUGUUCGCGCUUCUCACGUCCGCCUCUGCGACUUGGCGGGCAGCGAGCGCGCGCGACGCACGCGCAACACCGGCGCGCGCAUGCAGGAGUCCCGCGCCAUCAACUCCUCCCUACAUGUGCUGGAGAGGUGUCUACACACACUGCGGAGGAAGCAGACUAGCAAACAGGACCUAGUGCCCUACAGGGAAUCGAAGUUAACCCGUCUCCUAGGCACGGGUCUCUCGGGUACCCGCGGCGAGGCAGUGAGCAUGGUGGUGACUUUAAAUCCAGCGCCAGAGUACGCGCACGAAACGAGACAUGUACUACAGUUAGCUGCUGUCGCUAGGGACAUACAGGUGAACAACACUAUAGCGGAGUCAAUAUCGACACUAGAGAGCACUACUUGUUCUACGAUUCAAGACACCACCAUCGCGAGUAGCACCGAGGUCACCAGGCUCAGAGCAGAAAAUGAGAGACUACACUAUGAAUUAGUGCAAGCGGAGUCCCUAAACCGGAAGUUGAUGGCAGACAUGGAGGAGCAGCAGCAAGAAAACGCAGUCACCGUUAAGGAAUUGGUGGAGGAAGCUAAAGACAUCACGGAGCAGUACUAUAAGUCGCAGCUGCGGAGUCUUGAGGAGAGACAUAACGCUGAGAUAGCGGAGUUACGCGAAGAGCACGAGGCGCGUCUCGCCAAACACGUAGUCGCGGAGGAAGGGACGCCGUCAAGGGCUUUACAAAAUAAGGUCAUGCAGCUUAUGAAGCAAAUAGCAUUAUUGGAGGAGGAAUUAAACGCAGAGCGACUAGCGCAGGCGCGAAUGAAGGAGGAAAUGCUGCAUCUCAGGGCGUGUAUUGAAGAAAGAGACGAAAAAUCAUCCGACGACCAAGACGACGCGAUACAGCUCACAGACAGUGAAGACGAUAGUGAGGACGAAGAAGCAGAUGAUCCUUGCAACGAGAGUCUCGAACCGACUUUCAAGAAAGAGGAAAUCAACCGCUCAAGACUCGUGCGGCAAAGUACCCUCAACAACACCAGAAACACUACCUUUGACAACUUGGACAGGACACAUGACACGGUCAGAGACGAAAGUAUGGCUGAUGCCACGUACGACGUUAGUAAGAAAGAUGCUACUAUAACUGAAGCUGAUGAAACUUAUGAUGCGUCUAAUGACACGUACAAUCAGUCUAUGGAUUGCCCUGCUACAGUCAAAAAGGCUAACUCUGAUGUUGACAAACAUAGUGCUAGGGAAACGUAUUUUGUUAGUAGUUCCAGUGUAAGUUUAAAUGAGAAACAAGAUUCAGUACAAGACUCGGGACACAUUGCAGAUAUAAGUGUUUCUCUAAGAGAUGACGAUGAUCUGAAAGAUUUCAGUAUUAUUGGUGAUGUUGUGAAACCAAGUAAAACUAUUGAAACACAGAUUGAUAAAAUUAAAAAGUUUGCUAUAGGUACAGUUUUGACUGAUAGCUCGCUUACUCAGUUUGAAAUGUUAGAAAAGGAAAUGAACGAAAACUCUGCGUUUAAAUAUUUUGGUGAUGGGACUGCCAAGAACUCUAUGAGCAUGAGUCUGAGGAAGAAAGACAAGAAGCCUUAUUUUGACGAUGAGCAACCAACUCCUAAUCAAAUAUCCAAGGUGAAAGAUUUAAUAAAGAAACAAGAUGUUCUGCGGUCUCCAUCCAUAGUUCAGGAUGAAAUCCCAGAAAACUAUAAACCGAGUACUAUCAACAAAAUUAUGCGCGAGAGUAUAACAGUGACAACUGAGCUACCUCCUUUGUAUAAAAAUAAAAUACUAAAGAAAAUGCAUGAUUCUAUAGAUCCCUUUGAAGGCGCCGAUUCACCGUGCGCAAUUACAGAAACCCUACUGAAAAGAGUAGAAGAGACGCGAAAGUCUAUUGAAAAAGUUUCCCUUGAUAAUCAAGAAAAAGAUUCAAAAGCAGAAGCUGUGAAGAAUGCAACUGAAAUGAUAAUAAAAUCAGAAAUCAUAGAAGAUGUACCUAUGGAUAAAAUUAGUGUGGAGGAGAUGCGAAAAUCAGUUGAAAAAGUUUGCAUGGAUAGCAAAGAAAAAAAUUCAGACGUAGAAAAGCAUUCGCUGAGCGGUAAAGUUGUUAUGGAUUCCGUUGAAAUGGAAAUCAAAUCAGAAGUUGAAGAUGUUCAAAUUGCAAUUGAAUCAGAAACAAUUAAAGAAUCUGUUGAAAAAGAUCUUAGCAAUGAGAGAAAUCAUGCUCCAGCUAAUAACGAAGAUACAAAGACAAAUGAAAACGUUUUAGGUGUCCAGUCCACUGGAGAUGAAAUAAUAUCUACUAAGAAUAUUCCUGACAAGGACGUAAAGCAUGACAUUUUAACCGAAAUUAAACAAGAAGAAAUUAUUGUGGAAAAAAUAGAAAGUGUUAAUAAAGACACCACAAAAGAAACAAAACCUGAAGAACUAACACAUGAGAUCAGUUCAUUGAAUGACAUUACUAGUUCAAAUCAAACGAUAGCAGGAGAAAAUACUAUUGAUGCUUUCGAGAAUAUUUACAAAGAUAUAACAGUGCCGAGAGCAACUGAAUUCGAUCUUCUUAUUUCUGAUAAAUCUUUGGAUUCUACAAAUAUAAAACAGACUGAUAAAAUCGAAAGAACCUCGGAAAGAUCCAAUUUAAACAAAGAAGUAACAUUUGAAGACAAUGUAAAGAAUGUCAAUAUUAAGGAAACAGUUAAAGAUGAUAUUACUGACAAUAAUAAUUCUGAAAUUAACCAAGAGACCGUUAAAAAUGUUAAUGACAAUAAUAACCAAGAGCCUGAAACAAAGGUUAAAUAUAACCUCCGCCACAAAGCCCAAGAUACAAGUAAAACAGACAAAGAUGAAUCGAUUGAGCAUACAGAGAAAUGCGCGCCAAGGACGGCAAAGAAAUCCUUACGACUGAGAAGAAAGAAUAAACUGGAUGAAGUAGAAGACGAAGUGAAGUUAAAGGAUAUAGUGAACUUGCAGCAGGAGUUUUCUGAUGUGACACUGGGGUUGCCGGCGCCGGUGAAGGUGGUGAAUGAUAUUCCAUCGCCGGAAAAGAGUGAGAGUGAGAAUCAGCCGCCGUUAAUGGGGGUGCAGAGUUGUCCGUCCAAAAGUGUGACCCGCAGCCGCCGCAAGCUGUUCACGCCGCGCGCGGAGCCGCUGGACGAGUCUCCGCCCGCCGGCGACAGCGCCGACGACGCCGACGCCGACGCGCUGCGCGUGCGCGUGCCGCGUCCCUCCUACCACCGCGCCACCAGGACCCGGCGGCGGCUCAACUGAUCUACAACUAUAAACUAUCUUAGAGAUUAUCAUUACCUUUGCUACUGUGUUAAACGCAACAUACACGCCCCGACUUAACCGUUUCUGUGCGGAUGACACGAGACGCGUGUCAUUUUAAAAUCGAUAAAAGCUGUUCGCCGCCACAACGUGAAGUUUUCAAAAAUGGAACGAGCGACAAAUCGUUUAACAGGCUGAUUGACGUGCCGGUCUACCGGAGCGCGGCGGUUCGCUUUCAAACUUCCCAGACGACACAGUUUGACGAACGCUUUAAGACAAAUCAACGUUAAACCAAGAAAAGCUAUGCGGAGACCAUAUAUUGUCAGCUGAAGAUCGAAACUCACUAAUUUCUACCGCAAGUUUUAAGUGCCAUAGUGAAACAAAAUGGAUUUUAGUUUAGUUAUUUUUGUAAUCAUUUGCGUCUUUAUACGUUUACUUACAAUUUAUUUAAAUACGAAAUGCAACUAUAAAAGAAUCAGAAAACCUUAAAGUUACAUGUUUAAUUUAUUAUGCUCAUGGGUUUUUCAUAAACUAUACACGCGACGCAGACACGCAAGAAGAGCUUUACUAAAAUUAAUUUCCUUG